AUGGAUCGCCUGACCCGGAAGCAACAGGACUGCUUGCAAAACUUCAUCGGGUUCACGAAUGCUGAUAAGGAGACGGCGAUGGCUUGCUUGAUGAACAACCAAUGGCAUGUCGAGCGGGCCGCCGAUUAUUAUUACCAAAACGUCGGCACCUUGACGCGACAGCUUCGCCAGACCGGACGCCCGGGAGGUUCGCCAGGGAAGGAACUUUUCCAAAAGUACGCCAACAAGCCCCAGGAUGGACUUGGACCCGAACGCAUUGGCCCGCAUGGCGUCACGGACCUGCUCCAUGAUCUGCGGUUGGAAGCGACAAACCGGCGUGUCCUGAUCCUCGCCUGGGUUAUGAAAGCGAAAACGCAGUGCGAAUUCAGUCAAGACGAGUGGCUGACCGGCUUCUCGGAAAUGAACAUCACGACAAUCAACGAGCUCGCUGCGUAUCUGGGCAAAUUGGACAAGGAGAUGGAGACGGAUCGGUCCAAAUAUCGGCAACUCUACCAAUUCGCCUUUGUUUAUGGCAAACCGGAGCGGCAGCGCAGCAUGGAAACAGAUACGGCGCUUGCCUAUUGGCACAUCCUGUUCCACGACCGUUACGUGCUCUUCGAUCAGUUCGAGCGAUAUUUGAAGGAAAGGGACACCAAGGUCAUCACUCGAGAUGUUUGGAACCUGGUAUUCGAGUUCCUGGAGAAGAUUAACCCGGAUCUCUCUAACUACGAUGAUGAUGGCGCCUGGCCGACCCUGCUCGACAAUUUCGUCGAUUAUUUGCGAAAUGAGCGCGCCGCUGCCGCC